CUUCUAUAUAAGGACUUAUUUGACGCCUUUUUUGCAACUUCGAGGACCAAACUGACUCUUUACUCGUAUUUAAGGUGUUUUGUUCACAAUUACCCCAACCGAUGGAAUCUAUUUUUAACAUGGGCCGAGCUAUGGUUUAACACAAGUUAUCAUCGCUCAAUUAAUAUGACGCCUUUUGAGGCUCUUUAUGGGCAUCCCCCACUUAUCCUCCGGUCCUAUAAAAAUGGAAUGUCGCCCUUGGCCGAAGUUGUUGAGCAAAUGUGCACCCGUGAAGUUCUACAAAGUUUACGUCAUAAUAUUGUUGUAGCAGAUAAUCACAUGAAGCAACUAGUUGACACAAGAAGACGGGAAGUUCACUAUCAGAUAGGUGACCAUGUGUAUUUGAAAUUGGAACCUUUUCGGCAACAUUCUGUUUUUAAGCGGGUUAGUCAGAAAUUGGCAUGUAAAUUUCUUGGUCCUUUCAAAAUAUUUGAGAAGUUCUUUGAUGUUGCUUAUAGAUUUGAUCUGCCACCCGAAUUACGAAUACAUCCAGUCUUUCAUGUUUCGCUCCUUAAAAAACACAUUGGGGAUGAUAUUCCAUCAACAACAACACUACCUCCAUACUCAUGUGAUGGCCAACCUGUUUUUGAACUAGAGAAAGUCAUUCGCUUUCGUAACAUAAGAACCCGAUCAUGAGUAAUUCGUGAAGCCUUGAUCACGUGGGCGUCUCUUCGUUCUGAAGAUGCCACAUGGGAACGAGUAGAGGUCAUCAGACAACAAUUUCCUGACUUUAACCUUGAGGACAAGGUUCGACUUCGAGAGGAGGGCAAUGAUGAGGAUGCAGGGCCAAUGACCCGUCAUAGUAAGCGGGCCCGAAGAAGCAGUACAAGACUUCGGAACUAUUUUACUUAUUGAAGCUUCCUGAUCAAUUGCGAUAAUUAUUAGCUUAAGCUUAUUUAAUUAGUUAUUUAAUUUACAACAUUACUAUUUUUAGUUAAUUCAUAGAUGAGUUAUAUUAGAGUUAGUCCUGAUAUUAUCUAUCCUUGUUGUGCAAGGGUUAGUUUGCAGGUAGGAUUGUUUGGGGGUAUUAAUACCCCUUUUGCUUAAUAAAACGUAUGGACUUAUUUGCUUAACAACGUUGUUUGGUUUUUCUAUCACCGUUAGAUAGAGAAUUGGUCUCCUUUACACCGUGAGUAAAGGCCGCCGGUCUUUAUAUUUUUUCAUCAGAGGACCAUUUUAACUAUUUUUCAUAUAAUUUUUUCUUUAUUUUAUUAAUAAAUUAUAUUUUAAUUUUUUUUCACAAAUUAGAAGAAUCAACCAUUGCAGCCACUUCAGUUAAAACUUCAUAAAUUUCAGCAGAAUCAACCGAUACAGCGGAUUUGAGUGUUAGCAAACGGGCCCUCCAUAUUUUACCUCCAUAUUUUAUUUAGUGUGUCCUUGCCUAAGAUUGCAUGUUCUUCGAGUAAUUACUUUUUCUCUAGAACAUCCUCUUAAGGAGAGGUAGUAACAUGAUGUGGAAUACCAUGUGAAAUUAGAUCCCAUUUCUCGUACAGAUCACAUCACAUCUUAAAUCUAAAAAGAUUCACCCAACUCAUGUCUAGACCACAAAACACUUGUUUACUAAAAGAAAUACACAUGUUAAUUACACAUGUUUCUAGCCCAAAUUCUUAUAUACUCUGUACUAGUUUAUUACUACGUAUUAUUUUAUACAAAAUGGGUGUGAUACAAAUUUAAUGUACUUCAACAACCCCUUUACCACAGGCUCUUAAUGGGCUACUAUAAAUCACGUGCUAUUGCUAAACAAAAAAUUACUCCGUAAAACACAUUUGAACUCGACUCUACUACCAUAUUAAAAAUUGAGGUUACAUUAAAAAGGUUAAACUAUUAUAAAAAGUAGUUCAAUGUCUUAUAUAUACUCCCCAUGUUCCAGAGUUAACUCUACCGUUAAGUUUGACUUUUGUGGUCAAAGUUUAUUUAUGUUUGACGAUGGUUAUUUAAAUAUGCAUGUUUGUAAAAUUUAUAAUAACAGAUAUAUAUUUCAUUAGUACAUACCUAAUUACAUAGCUAGUAUUACACUAAUUAUUUAAAAGUGUUUUGUUCCUUGUUAUGCAUUAAUGUAAUUUUUAAAUAAUCAGCUAUCAAAGUUAAUAAAGUUUGACUUUAAAGUCAAAACUAUAAAGUAAGUUAUGGGAGUGGUAGUAUUAGUUUACUACUCUCUCGUUCUCACAAUUAAAAUUUCAGUUUGACUUUAUGAUCUUCUAGACGGACGUUUGAUCAUAAUUAUCUAUAAAUGAAUACAUUUAUAAUCUAUAAUAAAUUGACAUUUGAAUAAUUCAUAUCACAAAUUUACAAUGAAGCACAAAAAAUAAUUUUUUAUGGAUACAUAUUGUUAAAUGUUUAGUAAUUGACGGUCAAAGUUUAACAAGGUUGACUCAAAAGUCUAACUGAGACUUUAAUUGAGGGAUGAAGGUAGUAUUAUACACUAAACUAGUGUGAGAUGAAUAUAAUCACUCGGAUAGUCGGAUAUAUAUGAAUGUUUCAAGUAUACUCUUGUACUCCGUAUGAAUGUUUGUAAUUUGAUCAUCUUUGUAAUUUGAUCAUCUCUGAUUGAGGAUUUUUUAUUCAAAAGUGAGAAUCAAGCAUAAUAUAUUAACACGUGUUAUAAAAAAGAACAAUUAAUUCGAGCAUAAUAAUUUUAUUUCUAGGUGCGGGGAUCCUACUGACCUACUUUAGGAGAAAAUAAUGAACGGGAUCCAACUGACCUACUUUAGAGGAAAAUAAUGAAGUCAAUACUCCGUGUUUAAUUUUGGGGGUACUAGUAUUUAGGGGGAUUAUGUUAAAAUCUAAUUCAUACCCCUUGUAUUCUUUUACUCCAUCCGGUUCACAUUAAUCUUUACACUUAACUUCACAUAUAUUAAGGAAAUAAAUUUGAUUUUAAUAUAGAAUACACUGUUUGACACUGUUUUGCAUUGUUUGGUGUAGAUUUGUAAGGCAAAUAAGGAAGUGUAAAGUUUAAUAUGGUACUUCUUAACAAGGAAAGUAUAAAGAUUAAUGUGAACCGGAGAAAGUAUUUGUUACGACAGAUUUUUUCACUAAUUUUAAUCAUAAAGCAAUAGAACUAUAGAAGUAAUAGAAAAGGUACGAGAAAUGAAAAGUACAAAAAGUAAGAACUAUGGAGUAGAUUACUCAUUCUGUUCUCUCAUACUUGUCCUCAUUUCCAUUUUGAAUUGUUCUUAAUAGUUGUAUUUCUUUUCAUUUUUAGAAAGUUUUUUCAAUAUACAUCCGUUCUCUUUCAUACUAUUUAAUUCUUUUUCAUACUUUUUAUUUAAACACAACUCACUGCACUUUUUACAUUACCCCUAUUAUUUUUCUCUUAAUAUUUGUGUCAAACCCUAUAGGGACAAGUAUUGGAGAACAGAAGGAGUAUUUUUUUAGGAUGUUUUCUUUUGGACUCAAAUUUGCUGGUCUAGUCUGGUCUGGUUUGAUCUGGUCUGGUCUGAUUGGUUUGAUUUGAUAAAUGUCUAAUUUCUGUGUAUUUUAUAACUAUGAAGGUCUGAUCUGGUCUGGUCUAUUAUGGUCUGGUCUGGUCUGAUCUGGGACGAAAAGCAAUUUAAAAGAAAAAUCCUUAAUACUCCAUGUAAGGAAUAAAAAAAAUGAGAAAAUGUUGCAGAAAUUUAUUUAUUUUUUAAAAAAGUUUAGCAAAUAAAAGAAUAUGGGAAGUACCAAAAAACAGAAAGCAGAUAGAAAAAUGAUUAAGUGGAGAGAGUGUUACCUAAAUAUUUGGGACGCACAGAGAGUAAGAAGCUAUAUACGCGGCCAGCUGAUACCCAUGACCCAUCUCGACAAAGGGAAUUCGAGAAGCAAGUGAUUGCCUCCUUAGUUUUGAGGGUUAGCUCUGAAGUCAAUUAAUCCAAAUACGUAUAUUGUCUUCAAUUCGUACAAUAUGUGAUUUGCAUGUUCCUCCACCAUGUGUUCUAAGGGCAAGUUGAUGCCCCCAGCUACUACUGAGGAGUCUCACUCUUCAUUACAACGCCCCUCUUUCAUAAUUUGUCAUGUUAUGAAAGAGUUACAAAUUGCAAUUCAGAGUCUCUUCGGUCUUUAUUCUUGGCUUUUGGCUUAAUAAAACACUUAUUUACCAAAACACUGCCAAUUUUUUACUUUUCUCGACUUUCAGGUGAAAAGUGCUUUUCCCUUUUCUAUUACACAAAAAACACUUAUUUUACCAAACACUACCAACUUUUACUUUUCAAAAUCACUUUUUCCUCAAACACUAUCAACUUUUACUACUAAUCACUUUUUCCAAAUCACUCCAAAAGUGUUUUUUUAAGAAGAAGCAGAUGCAAACCCUCCUUGAAUGUGUUGGGGGAGUUGAAUGAAAAGAUCUGCUGAACUAUGAUAAUAUAUAUAUAUAUAUAUAUAUAUAUAUAUAUAUAUAUAUAUAAUCCGUACUAUACUAUAUCAAUAAAAUACGGAAAUUUUCAUAUGAUAACGGCUAAAAUAGUCGAAUUCAACAAUUUCAGUCAGAAAGGAAACUUUACCUUAAGGCCCAUUUGGUAACACUGAAUAAAAUUGGUUGAAUCUGCUGAUAUUUAUGAAAUUCUGGUUGAAUUACAUUGAUCGAAUCUGAUGUGCUUUGGAAAAAUUACUUUUAAAAUAUAUUUCAUUAAAUAAAUCAAGAAAACAUUACGUGAAAUAAGCUAAAAUGGUGUUCUAUAUUAACUUUAGUUGAUUCAAUAAAAAAGCAACUCCAACCUUAAUUAUUUUGAUUAUUACUCAAUUAAGCGAGCAAACUAAAGUUGAGAACUACAUAUUUGAUAAAAAAAAAACAUGGUUAAUAAGGCUGAAAAUAGGGGAUACCAAACAAGCUCUUAUUUCUAUUAUGUGUUUCUUAAAAAAUGAUUGAUAACGUUGAUAAACAGAAAAGAGAUGUUAAAUUACCAAUUAAAUGAGCUCCGAGUUUUUCACAUAACAAAAAAAUAUGAAUCCCAAGUCAGAUAUUUUAAAAAUGGACAAACUAAUUCACUUACAUGAACUAGUAUAAAUAUUUAAUUAAUUACGUACUCCGCCUGUCCUUCAAAUAACUUUCUCUAUUCCUUCUUCCUAAAAGGUUGAAUCCCCACCUCCCCUCACGUCAUGACCCGACAAGACUUUUGAGAGGUUGUAAUGACGUCACGGUGACUCAGCCGGCUUAAUGGUGAUAGACUUUGUACCUGUGAGCACGAGAGGUUCAGCCCAACACCCAUGAGCUGUAAACUUUUUGUAUUCCUUAUUAAUGAGAAUAUUAUCCGAAAUAGGAGUAAAAAAGUUUAAAAUUCUAACAUAGGACUGCCAUGUUUUUAUUCCCAAAAUAGGACUAAUUACUGACAUGUUUUGGCAGUACCAGACUUCAAACAUGAUAGUAUUUUUCAAACUUGGCAGUAAUUACUCAUAUUUUGGGAAUAAAAACAUGGCUGUCCUAUUUGGAAUUUUCAAACUUUUUUACUCCUAUUUCGGGAACUUUCCCCUUAUUAAUUGGAAUGUGUCUAAAUAAAGUGUUGGUUUCUCAUUUGGUAAAUAAAUUCUUACUUGAUCCCUCCAUCCUAUUACUUCCUCCGUCCCAAAAAACUUUGUCAUUUCAAAAAAUUUGAACCUUAAUUUUGAUUAGUAUGAUAUUAUGAAAGUUAGAAAUUUUAUAUGUUUAUGAAAGUACUUUUAACAAAGAACAUUUUCAUAUAAUUUUUAUAUUAUAAGUAAUAUUCAAUUAAAAGAUAUAGUCGGUCAAAGUUUUGAAAAUGGCAAAGUUUUUUGGGACGGAGGUAGUAUAAUUGUGCAGUUUUUCCCUUUCAUCUUGUAUAAUAAAUUCAUAAUAAUGGAUAAUAUUUAUUUGAGUUUGAAUCAUUCUUACCUUUUCACAUUUUAUCAAUAUCUCCUCCAUGGCUGCAUAUGACCAGGAGCGUAGUUGGGGGUUGGCCAGCCUAGGCCCCGCCCCACCUCAAAUUUAAAAAAUAAAUGUAAUUUUAGUCUAAAAGGCUCUGUAUAAAUUUUUUCCCCAAAAUAUUCUUUGUACCGGUCCAAUUCGGCCCCGUGUUCUGGUUCCACCCGUGCGCAUAUCAAACUAUUAUGAAGUAUGAACAACUUCAAAACCAUACGGAGUAUUUUUCUGUUGACCCCAACGGUAAAAGUCUACUUUCCCCAACAUCGCUUCUUUUCUCUUCUUGUUGACCCCAACCGUAAAAGUCCGGGGACAGGUAGUAUCAUUUGCUCUAUUACAUUAGAGUAAUAGAGUACUCUUAUACCUGACCGGAGCCCCGUCCGGCCUCCUCCAUUUGGGGCCUUUGCGGUGGUAUUUUUUGCUCAAAUUUUUUGUGUAGGUUUCUCAUCAAGUCUAGUUCAUCUAUACCAAAAAUACAUAUUCCGGACCAGUUAACUUGCAAAAAUCAUUUGACGAUCUUCCCGAUUGAAUUUUUGGCUGAAAUUUGGUAUGGAUGAACUAGACUUGAUGAGAAACCUACACAAAACAUUUGAGCAAAAAAUACCACCGGGAAGGCCCCCAAAUGGAGGAGGUUGGACGGGGAGAGUGGUCCGGUCUGGCCGGACCUGAAUAGUUGUGUAGAGUAAUAUAAUCUCAAAUUCCAUUUCAAAAAGUCAAAGGUAAAAAUUCUCUUUUAUAAAGUCUCUGUUUUUCAAACAAGUUACUAAGAACACCCUAAUAGGCUAAUAGUUCCUUACACACUCUUACAUGUAGCUGAGUCUUUUUAUGCGUAGGACUCAGCUACAUAUAUUCAUAUUUAUUUUAAUUUUCAUUUUUAUCACAUUUAAUCCAUUUCAUCUACUUUUAAUUUGCUCCAAUCCUUGAAUCCGGUGCAAUGUCCAUUUGUGAAUGUUGUCAUAGACAUGGUUUACAAUUUAUUUCUCUCUCCCCAUUUUUUCAUUUUCCCUACACACCAUUUUGUCUACAUACUAUGUAUACUAUUAGAUUAAAAUAAUCAUUUUGAGCCUGUUUGGUAGUCCAUUUUUUCAACUCAUCGGGCUUAUCAGAUAACGUUUUCACCAAACACGUCACUUUUGGUUUCGUGCGCUGAAUUGUGAAAUAAUAAGAAAAAGUGUUGUUGAAGUUACUUUUCUGGCUAUAUUGGCUGAAAUUACCGCAGAGGAACAUUUUAGGUAAUCUUUCAUAUAAUUUUUUAUUUAUGUUAUUAAUAAUAAAUAUUUUAAAUAUAAUUUUUUUCAAAAAUCAGCAUAAUCGGCCAAUCCAUCCACUUCAAUCAGAACUUCAUAAAUUUCAGUAUAAUCAGCCGAUUCAGCUGAUUUCAGUGUUACCAAACAGGCUUUUUACGUGUAUCCCCGACCUAUGUUACAUUACAUAGGAACAACUUUACUGCUAUCCAUUUUUCCAUUUGAGAUAGCUCUAAGUGACUGGUAUGAUAUCAUUAUAAUGCUGAUUAAUACUCCCUCCGGUUCACAUUCUUCUUUACAGUUUGACUUCACAAAUAUUAAAGAAAUAAAUUUGACUUUACUGUUUGGCACUGUUUGGACACUGUUUGGCACUGUUUGUAAGGCAAAUAAGGAAGUGUAAAGAAGAAUGUGAUACCAACAAAAAAGGAAAGUGUAAAGAAGAAUGUGAAUGGAGGAGGGAUUAAUAUUUUAAGAGAUAUUACCCGAAAUAGGACUAAAAAAGUUUGCAAAUUCCAAAGUAGGACUUUCAUGUUUUUAUUUCCAAAAUAGGACUAAUUACUGUCAUGUUUUGGCAGUACCAGACUUCAAACAUGGCAGUAUUUUUCAAAUUUGGCAGUAAUUAGUCCUAUUUUGGGAAUAAAAACAUGACAGUCCUAUUUUGGAAUUUUCCAACUAUUUUAGUCCUAUUUCGGGAACUUUCCCAUAUUUUAAUCACAUUGUACACAAAUUUGUAGAGUAUGGUACGUACAAGGUAGAUAUUCAUUAACUAGACUAGUUUCGAAACAAGUUUUAGAGUAGACUUGGUCACAUAUAGAUCAUAGGAUUGAAAGCAUGGACAAAGCAGGUGAAACUUUGAUGACACCCACCCUACAUACAUAAGAAUCCACACUUCAAAAUUACUUUCUGUUGUCUGACUUUUCUCUUUAAUUUAAUUUUUUUAUACCCAUCAUCCCAGUCUCUUCUUCUCACUUCUUCUCACUUCUUCUCUUAUCAUUUCAUCUCCUCCUCCACCGACAAACCUAUAGCCAGCUACUAUAUGUAUAUGUAUAUAUAUACGGCGCCAUCAUCAAUAACAUCUGAUUCUUCUCAUCUAACAACAUACAUACAUCUCUCUCUCUAUCUAUCUGUAGAUCACUGUUCAGAAAACAUAAUCUCUGAGCUGAAUUGAAGGAAGAAAGCAGGAAAAAGAAUGGUACAGCCCAACAAGUUCAGAGGUGUCAGACAACGCCAGUGGGGCUCUUGGGUUUCAGAAAUCCGCCACCCUUUGCUAAAGAAAAGGAUUUGGCUGGGGACAUUUGAGACUGCGGAGGAGGCCGCCAAAGCGUACGAUCAAGCAGCGGUAUUGAUGAACGGCCAGAAUGCCAAAACCAACUUUCCCACUGUGAAUGACAAGGGCAGCAAAGCCGUAAACGCCGGCGGCAGCGGCGACGGGAGUGGUGUAACUCCGUCCCCGCCGAUCCCCGCCGACGUUCUAAGCGCGAAGCUGAAGAAAUGCUGCAAAAACCCGUCCCCGUCGAUCACUUGCCUGAGGCUCGACACCGACAGCUGCGACAUCGGGGUGUGGCAGAAAAAACCCGGAGGCGGAGGAAAGAGCGGCGGUUCGGGGUCGGUUUGGCUUACGAAAAUCGAGCUCGGGGGCAGCAAAAAGAUGUUGGAAGAUCAACUUCAAAUCCUAUCGCCGUCAUCGAGUGACGGCGAUGACGGAGGUUGGUAUAAUUCUUGGGGUGGAGGAGAAUCAUCUUCAUUAUCAUCAAUGUCAUCAUCAUCUAAUGAGGCUAUUAUUGCUGAAAUGGAUGAAGAAAGUAGAGUGGCAUUGCAAAUGGUUGAAGAGCUGCUUAACUGGAAUUGAAUGAAGAUUCCAAGCAGUGUUCCUUUUCAAUUAAUGCUUUCAUGUGCCUGCAUAAAAUAAUGUAAUAUAUAUAGUAUAUACAUACAUAUAUAUAUAUAUGUAUAAUAAUAUAGAUAUAUACUAAUAAUAAUUAUAAACUAACAAAUUAUUUAAAAGGGGAACCUAGAAUUAUAUAUAUACCUCCUUUGAGCUUGGGAUCAUGCAUUCAAGUUGGGAAAUUGAAGCAGCUUCUUGCAAAAUUGGUUACCUAAAUGCAUGGUGAGGUCCUCUGAUCUGUCCAUCCUGUUGUUAAAUAAUGGAAAAAUAUUAUUUUUGCUAAAAAUAAAAAAUUAUUCCUCACCAAAUAGAAUUAUUAGUUACUUUUAUUCUAUUCUGGAAGUGAAGAAUUAUUUGUUAGUAAAAGAACUAGUUAGAUAUUUAUUCUUUAUUUUUAUUUAUAAAUUUGAUGUCUUUAUUGUUCUAGUUGUCAGCCAAUAUGGGCUAUGGAGUAACAAUUCAUUCUAGUUAGCUCCAAUAUUAUGUUGUAACUAAUAAUAAACAUAAAUAAAAGACUGAAUAUAAAAUAUUAUAUUUUGUUGUAUAUUCAAAUAUAUGUUCUGAUGCCAGAAGAAUGGAGACAUGAAGGGCACAAGUCUUCAGAUGUUUAUUUAUUAAUUUA